GAACUUGGAGUUGAUCACACAUUUGGUACAAACUAAUCAUAGCUCAUUGUUUAUUGGGAAAAUAUCAUAUUGGUUUAAAAAAAAAAAAGAAAAAGCUUGAAAUAAAAAUAAAAAUAAACUUCUGUCUUUUCGCUCUCAAGUCUCAACCAACUCUCUCUCUCUCUCUCCUCUCUUUCUCUCUCGAAUAACUCCCAGCCACCGGCGAGCCCGACCCCACCUGCUGCCAUCGUGACCCUGCCCGGCCCCAAACCCAGCCCCGGCGCAGCCCCGUUGCGACCCCGACCCUACCUGCGCGACCCCGACCCCUAUCCUCUGCAGCCAUCGUGACCCCGCCCAGCCCCGGUGCAAUCCUGUCUCAACCUCGACCCCACCCGCGCGACUCUAAACAUCAUUCUCUACCGCCGUCGCGACCCCGCCCAGCCCCGAACCCAUCCCCGCCGCCGAACUGCGGCGACCCAAACAGAAAAAUUGUGAAAAGUGCAAAUGGCAUUGAGGAAGCCUGGUGUGAUUGCUUUAUUUGAUGUUGAUGGAACUCUCACUGCUCCAAGAAAGGUGGCUACACCACAUAUGCUGGAGUUUAUGCGUGAACUCCGAAAGGUCGUCACAGUUGGUGUUGUGGGAGGAUCUGACCUUAGUAAGAUAACAGAGCAGCUUGGGAAGACAGUUAUUGAUGAUUAUGAUUAUGUGUUUUCGGAGAAUGGUCUUGUGGCUCACAGAGAGGGGAAACUCAUUGGAACCCAGAGCUUGAAGUCAUUUCUUGGAGACGAGAAGCUCAAGGAGCUUAUCAAUUUUACACUUCAUUAUAUUGCCGAUUUGGAUAUCCCAAUAAAGAGGGGAACAUUUAUAGAGUUUCGAAGUGGGAUGAUCAAUGUUUCACCAAUUGGGCGAAACUGUAGCCAAGAAGAAAGGGAUGAAUUUGAAAGAUAUGAUAAGGUUCACAAUAUACGCCCCAAAAUGGUUUCUGUGCUCAGAGAGAGGUUUGCUCAUCUUAACUUGACAUUUUCCAUAGGAGGUCAAAUUAGCUUCGAUGUCUUCCCUCAAGGUUGGGACAAAACAUACUGCUUGAGAUACCUUGAUGAUUUUCAAGAAAUCCAUUUCUUUGGUGAUAAAACUUACAAGGGUGGAAAUGACCAUGAAAUUUAUGAAUCAGAGCAAACCGUAGGUCACACAGUUACUAGCCCUGACGACACAGCUGAGCAGUGUGAAGCUCUAUUCCUUGCUUGACCAUGAGAGAGAGCAAAUCAGUUGGUUUUCAGAUAUAUGAAUUAGUAACUCUCAGGAGAAUAAAUGUCGAGCAGAAAAAUGUGUAAUUUUAUUUUAUUUUUUAAAAGACGAGAAUUUGAUUGAAAACCUGGGAUUGUAAUUUUUUGUACCUGUAUUCCUACAAAUUCGUAUUCAUCAAAUAAAUUCAUUUAUCAUUCA